UACCGAUAGAAAAGGACGGCAGGAUCAAGACAACAGUUUAAAUGAUGACCAGGACCAGGUGUUGGUCCAAAAAUGUAUUACGCCCACUUGGUCUAUUAGUUGGACUAUUAAGGAUUUUAAAAGAUUAAUUGACCUUUAUCCUAGAGGAAGAUUUUUAACAAGUGGAAAUUUUACUUUAGAAGAUGAAAUUACAAAGGAAUGUUAUGAUUGUAGAAUCAGACUAUUUCCUAAUGGGAAUUGGCAAUAUCAAUCAGCUGGUUUCGUCGCUCUUUAUUUACAAGCAACGCCAAGAUCAGGAAAAGAUGCUCCACAAGGAAUUUUUCAAAAUUAUGAAAUUUUAAAAAUGGAAAUUUUCCGAUCCCCUAACACUCUCCCUCUUAAAUUAGCUCAUCUCACCGUUGAUAAUGUAGAAAAAAAUGGCCAAAAUUCUUAUGGAUUGGCUAAAUUUUGUCGAACUGAAUCUAUUAUAACAAAUUCUUAUGAUUCUGAAUUAACAAUAAAAAUGACUUUAUUGGGCUCACCAAUUAACGAUGCAGCUUCAUUCGAACCUUUUUUAUAUAAUGAUAGAUUUUGUGAUGUUGAAUUUCGUUUCGAAUGUGGUGAUAAACUUAGAGCUCAUAAAGUAAUCCUUUCUGCUAGAUCCAAAUAUUUUGAAAAAAUGUUUGAUGGAAAUAAGCCUUUAAUUGCUGAAGAAUAUCAACAACAACAAAAUU